AUGCCCAAAACCACCCUUGCUUCAUUUCCUGUGUCAGGUUUGUUCGGUGUCGUGAAACCCUCAGGGCCUACAAGCAUGUCUAUCGUCAACGAUCUUCAGCAAUUGGUUUCUCGAUCUCGACUUUUCGUGGACCCUGAAAAACUAGAAAAGCUGAAGGGGAAGAAAUCGGACAAGCGACGAGGAAAACGCGGCCUUGACACAGUCAAGAUUGGACAAGGAGGCACACUAGAUCCCCUGGCUGAUGGAGUUCUGGUAAUUGGAGUUGGAAAAGGGACGAAGAAACUCAAUGAGUUCCUUAAUUGCACAAAGGAAUAUCGCACAACAUGCUUGCUUGGAUGCGAGACAGAUAGUUACGACAGUGAAGGAGCUCGUGUUCGACUGGCACCGUGGCAUCAUGUCACACAAGACAAAGUUCAAGACGCCCUUCCCAAGUUCACGGGGGAGAUCAAACAGGUACCACCAGUAUUUUCGGCGUUAAAAAUGGACGGGAAGCCCUUGUACGAGUACGCACGCAAGGGUAUUCCUCUUCCCCGUCCCAUCGAGGCGCGGAGUGUCACCGUCCACUCCUUAGAGAUCUCAGAUUGGUUAGAUUCCGAACAUUCGUUUUUCUGGCCAGAAAAGCAGUUCUCCACAGAAGAGAAGCAAGCACUAGAAACAGCGUUGAAGGGCAUUCAAGGAGACGUCUCCAUAAAGGACGAAGUCGAACCAACAUCAGAUGACAAAAGACCCACUGCCUUUGCCUUGAAGAUGAAGGUUUCCGGUGGGACGUACGUUCGGUCGAUUGUACACGACCUUGCCCACUCCGUCGACUCCGCUGGGCAUGUGGUCACCUUGACCAGGUCACGGCAAGGUCGUUUCACUCUGGAGCCGGUUCAAGAGGGUGACCGCGGUUGCAUUCCCUGGGCCAUUUUCGAGAAGGCUCUGACAGAUCUAGGAGAGGUUGACGACGAAGGGUGGACAGAAUGGGAAAGAGAGGUCAUUCAAUGUAUGGAAGUUAUUUGA